AUGGAUUUGGUCGCUAGUUGCAAGGAGAAACUUGCAUAUUUCCGGAUAAAAGAGCUCAAGGAUGUGCUUACUAGACUGGGACUUUCCAAACAGGGAAAGAAGCAGGACCUUGUCGAGCGGAUCUUGGCCAUUCUUUCCGAUGAGCAAGUGGGCAGGUUGUGGUCUAAAAAGGAUGCCGUGGCGAGGGAAAAAGUUGCAAAACUAGUGAACGAUACAUAUAAGAGAAUGCAAGCAUCGGGGGCAAGUGACUUGGCAUCGAAAGGACAAGUAAGUUCAGAUAUCAGUAAUGUGAAAGUUAAGGGAGAGCUCGAAGAUUCCUUUCAACAAGAUAUCAAAGUUCGGUGUAUCUGUGGAAGCUCACUGGAGACAGAGUCAAUGAUAAAGUGCGAGGAUCCGAGAUGCCAUGUCUGGGAGCAUGUUGGCUGUGUUAUUAUUCCGGAGAAGCCUAUGGAAGGAAGUCCACCGCUUCCUGAUUCAUUUUACUGUGAAAUAUGCCGACUUACUCGAGCUGACCCAUUUUGGCUAACGGUGGCACAUCCAUUGUUUCCGGUGAGGUUGACUGCGUCGAACAUCCCAACUGAUGGUACAAACCCAAUGCAGACUGUGGACAGAACAUUUCAAAUAACAAGGACGGACAAAGACUUAUUGGUGAAACAGGAGUACGAUGUUCAGGCUUGGUGUAUGCUCUUGAAUGACAAGGUUCUGUUUAGGAUGCAGUGGCCUCAAUAUGCUGAUCUACAGGUCAAUGGUGUACCUGUUCGUGCUAUUAACCGACCUGGGUCACAGCUUCUUGGGGCCAAUGGCCGCGAUGAUGGACCUAUUAUUACACCUUGUAUUAGAGAUGGAAUUAACAAGAUAUCCUUGAGUGGAUGUGACUCGCGCAGUUUUUGUUUGGGUGUAAGACUUGUGAAACGAAGGACACUGCAACAGGUCCUAAAUAUGAUUCCAGAGGAGGCUAGAGGCGAGCCUUUUGAAGAUGCUCUUGCGCGUGUACGUCGAUGCAUUGGAGGUCCAGCUGGAAAUGAUAAUGCUGACAGUGACAGUGACAUUGAGGUCGUAGCUGAUUUCUUUGGUGUUAAUCUCCGUUGUCCUAUGAGCGGCUCUAGGAUGAAAGUUGCUGGGAGAUUUAAACCAUGUGUUCACAUGGGAUGUUUCGACCUUGAGGUGUUUGUGGAGCUGAAUCAACGUUCCAGAAAGUGGCAAUGUCCUAUUUGUCUGAAGAACUACUCUCUUGAGCAUAUGAUCGUGGAUCCUUAUUUUAACCGUAUCACAUCAAAGAUGAGACGUUGUGAUGAAGAGUUAACUGAGAUCGAAAUAAAACCUGAUGGUUCUUGGCGUGGGAAGUUCAAAAAUGAGAGCGAGCGUAGGGAAUUAGGGGAACUCUCACGAUGGCACGACCCUGAUGGUAGUCUCUCCCCCACGGUUGAUGAAAUCAGACCCAAGAUGGAAAUGCUAACACCGAUCAAACAAGAAGGUUGCUCAGAUGGCCCAACCCCUCUGAAACUUGGAAUAAGGAAGAAUCGUAAUGGCAAUUGGGAAGUUAGCAAAGCUAAUAAUAAUGGUUUAUCUUCCAGUAAUAGGCAAGAGAUGCUCAGACAUCAGGAGCAAAAUAUUAUACCAAUGAGCAGUAGUGCCACUGGAAGUGGUAGGGAUGGUGAUGACCCUAGCGUAAACCAGGAUGCUAUUGGAACCUUUGAUUUUGGAAACAACGGCAUGGAACUUGAUUCUCUAUCCAUGAAUGUAGAUUCAGGCUAUAACGUUCCUGAUAGGAGUCAUCAACCAGCAGCAGCUAGUAAUAAUGAUGUCAUCGUUCUAAGUGACUCUGACGAAGAGAAUGAUGUUUUAAUAACUGCAGGAGCUGACUACAAUGAGAAUCAAGCUGAAGGUGGGGUUAAUUUCUCAUUGCACGCACCUGGUAUCAUGAACUCAUAUAAUGAAGACCCUCACGCUGUGGCUGGUGGAAAUCCAGGCUUGGAUCUUUUCACCAACGAUGAUUAUGAUAUGCGCCUCUGGCAGUUGUCUUCGGAAACACAAGGAGGUCCGGGGUUCCAACUAUUUGCAUCUGAUGCUGAUGUAUCCCAAGGUUUAGUUGGUUUGCAGCCCGGUCCACUGAACUGUGACCCGGCAAUAAACAGUGGCUACUCCACGGCUCCAGAUGCAUCAAUGCCAUCCAUUCCUAUGGUUCCAGGGUCAGUUGGACGAUCCGAAGCAGAUGCGAACGAUGGAUUAGUUGACAAUCCUCUGGCGUUUAGUAGAGACGACCCUUCACUUCAAAUAUUUCUGCCAACAAAACCAGAGACCUCAGCUCAGCCUGAUUUCAGAAAUCAGGGUGAGAUGUCAAACGGAAUCCACAGUGAUGAUUGGAUCUCUCUCAGGCUCGGUGAUCACGGUGAGAGGUUAGGUGCAAACGGACUUAACGAAAACAACACAGUAUCGACAAGGGACAGUGCCCUGGAUACUCUGUCAGAGACUGCAUCGUUGCUUCUGGGGAUGAAUGACAGUAGACAAGAGAAGGCAAGUCGACAAAGAUCAGAUAGUCCAUUUUCAUUUCCUCGCCAGAAGCGUUCAGUGAGACCUCGGCUGUAUCUCUCGAUUGAUUCAGACUCAGAAUGA